AUUUUUAAUUUAGUUUGUCUGGGAAAGCCGAAUUGAAUAAGCGUAGCGUUUCGCGGCGCGCUGGUGCUCCCGGUUAUAAAAAACUUAAAUAAAUAAAUGACAAAACCAAAAGUCAAGGAAAAGGCGUUUACAGUGCGAUGCUAAAAAGUCACGGUACAAAAAAUUAAUUGAAAUCUAAAAACGCUUUACAUACUAUGUACAAAUAUUUGUAUAUAAUCGCGGCAUUAUAUUAAUGCAUGGAAGUUCGGAUAAGAGUUCCGACAUCGCCAACUGACACAAUUGGACGAAUUCGUCAGGAUUUAACCUUCUGAUUUUCACCGAAUCCGUUUUGUGUGUGAUGCAUAAGAAAAUAAUUUCAUUAUGAAAUAAAAUUGAAUAUUAAAAAAAUCAAAUUAAUUAGUGCAGCGCAAAACGGUGAAUUGGUUUUUGCGUAAAAAGAAAAGGAAAUUUCACAAAUUCGCAAUGAAUUUAUGGAAAGGAGAACUGAAGUAAUAGCGCAGUCAGUGGGAAGAAUGUGCGUAUAUGAAAGGUGCAUAUACUAUAUGUACGGGUAUAUGCAUAUAAAUAGAUAGUUACAUAUGCGUGUAAAUACAAGCAUGUGCACAAAUACAUAGCAUGGGAACGCGAGCCAAAAGCUUAGGCAUUCCAUGCAUAACUACAAGCUAAUAAGCAAAGUGGAAAACAACAAAAAUGAAAAAAUAAGAAAACAAAAUAUUUAAUGUGGUUGGUAGGGUGUAGAUCUCUGACAGAUGGGCACUCGGUCGGUGGAUCUUGUGUCACAUGUGCUUAGGAGAGUGAUACGCGUUUGAAAUCAUAAUACAAAGCGGAGAUGAACAUCUCAAGUCGUUAUCUAAUUCCACAACUAAUUGAAUAUAUUCACGAGCACAAUAACAACAAAUUGAACGCAUUCGCCAGCAAUCAAAGCAGCAGCAACGGCAACUACAAUUACAACGAAAACUGAAUAGCAUACACACAUACAUACAUAUGGAUUGUAUCAGCAAACACUAGUCUAUGUAGGGGCAUUGUUGUCCCAAUGAGACCAGAUGACACAAAUAACAUUCAACUUCCAUAAAUAUGCAAUUAGAGUUUGAACGUCGAACAAAUAAAAAUGGCUUUUCCUAUACAUAUGAAUCAAAAGAGAAUACCAAGGUGUGCCAAUUUAAUCUAGCGGGUUUCAACGUUUAAUGGAUAAAAACAUAUUACAGCUGCAUUACUAUUUAAGGUGAAUAUCGCAAGUACGCAGCGGCUGAAAGGAAAUUCAGGAAAAUCGAUUUCUCAUUGUUUGACAUACGAACCACAAACGCACAGAGGGGUCAACAACUAAAGGAAAGCAGUCACAAAGAUGGGGUUGUGCUCACGAAAAUUGCAUAGAACUAAAAUAUCGGCGAAUACAAAAUCGAGGCAUGAUUACAACGGAAAAAGCAGACAUGAGGACUCUGAUUACUAAACAUUCUACGAAUUUAUUGUUGAAGUGUAAUUAACCACCAUCGAAACAUCAACAAACGCAAAGACCGUUGUUGCGCUAUCAAAAAUGAGGGUUCGCAAAAUACCCCUUCCGUUGCCCAACACGGGGCUGAUGCAUCGAAAAAGGAACACUUAUUACAUACGCGUAAUUAUCGGUGUAGCGCUAAUCGUAUUCGUACUAAUGCAGUUGCAUGUCUUUAAUUACACGGAUUCUCGUGAAAUGUCGAUGAUUGGUGAACCAACAAAUGACUCAAUCGACGCGAUGCUCUCCAUGGUGCCCUCUGUGCUGCAUAAGUUCUUAACGCCCAAAUCGAGAAAUCAAACAGCCGCAGCUCACAUGCAGCACAAUAGCACCAGUGGUGGCAGGUAUAACGGCUCCUACACGGAUUACUACCAUCCGCCGAAUAUUACGGAGAUAAAGCAACAAAUCGCGAAAUACAAUGAACUGCAAAUAGUUUUAAAUGAGGACACUUAUGGUCCCCUACAAAAUGAUUCUGUGAUAAUCGUAGUACAGGUGCAUACACGUAUAACUUAUUUACGCCAUUUGAUCGUUAGUCUGGCGCAGGCUAAAGAUAUUUCCAAGACUCUAUUAAUAUUCUCCCACGACUAUUACGAUGAUGACAUCAAUGAUUUGGUGCAAACAAUCGACUUUUGUAAAGUGAUACAGAUAUUUUAUCCUUACUCAAUACAAACACAUCCGAAUGAGUUUCCCGGCGUCGAUCCAAACGAUUGUCCGCGGGAUAUGAAAAAGGAUCAUAAUAUUAUCACCUUCUUCAUAAAUAGAGCUAUAAUACGUAAGUGCAAUAAUGCGCUAUAUCCCGAUCUAUACGGGCAUUAUAGGGAAGCGAAGUUCACGCAGACCAAGCAUCAUUGGUGGUGGAAGGCGAAUCGUGUGUUCGAUCAAUUAGAUGUGACCCGUUAUCAUACUGGUCUGGUUUUGUUCCUAGAGGAAGAUCAUUAUGUAGCCGAAGAUUUUCUUUAUCUGCUCGAAAUGAUGCAAUCGUCGGUCGGCAGUCUGUGUCCGCAGUGCGAUAUACUCUCAUUGGGCACAUAUUUAAAAACAUUCAAUUACUACACCUACAACAGCAAAACUAAUAAGAAAUCCCCUAGCAGCCAAUAUGCUUCCUCGCUGCUCACUUCCAGCAAUUUAUUAGGAUAUAAUCGCAAUAAAAAUAGAAAUUCACUGCAAAUGUCAUCGCACGCAUCGUCAUCGUCAUCGUCCACCUCAGCUGCGAAUAGUUUUAAUAAAAAGUAUUUUAACGAAAAUAAUAAAGACAAAGUGUAUGUGGGUGAUACAGCCACCAACACCAACGCACACAUCACUAACAACCAUAAUACCAUAACCACUUCCACCACAACCACAACAGAUAAAAGCGCCGCACAGCAAUCGUGGAGUUAUCACGUGCUACCAUCACUAUAUUCUAUCUAUCAGAAGGUCGAAGUGAUGCCCUGGAUAAGCAGUAAGCACAACAUGGGUUUCGCUUUCAAUCGCAGCACUUGGUCGACCAUACGAAAGUGUGCGCAACAUUUCUGUUUUUAUGAUGACUACAAUUGGGACUGGUCGCUGCAUUAUGUCUCCCAGCAGUGUUUGCAGAAGAAACUGCACGCGAUGAUCGUCAAAGGUCCCAGAGUCUUCCAUAUUGGCGAAUGCGGUGUCCAUCACAAGAAGAAGAAUUGUGAGUCCAAUCAAGUGAUAGCGAAGGUGCAACAAGUCUUACGUAUAGCUCGUAAGUCCAAACAGCUUUUCCCACGCAGCUUAUCGCUGACAGCGGCGAGUUUAGUGAAGAAAACCAAAUUGCGAAAAGGUAACGGCGGUUGGGGCGAUCGUCGGGAUCACCAGUUAUGUAUGAACAUGACUAAAUCAAUGCAUGAAAGUUGAAUUCAAACCAAAUAACCAGAAAAACGCAGAAUUAGCAAAAUUUAUACACAAACAUAUACA